CACACAUUCUUUGUUAUCAGGGCCAAGAAACGGUAUUUGGUGCACAGUCCUGGAGGAUAAAAUGUUGGGUAGAUAUACCAUCCUUGGGGUACUUCUUUUUGCAUGUGGUCUUGAUCUGACCGAAGCCGAGGAUGCAGUAUUACACCGCGUGCGGAGGCUGAUCAAUGGUGAGCCAGUGCCUGACGGCGAGCCUUGGAUGGCAGUGCUAGCCUACAAGAACGGUCCUGACGAGCCCAGACCCUUCCUCAUCGUGUGCGGCCUAGUCGUCAUUGACAACCAGCACAUCCUAGGCACUGCCCACUGCGUGACUCCACCAGUUGGCAGCGACGAAAACGUUCCCGAUAUAGGAGACGAUCGAGACACUAUAUACGUGGUGCUGGGACUCACUGACAACAGCUGGGGAAAAGUUGACGACGUCCAGAUAUUCGCCUUGGACGGCAAGGAGGCCAGCGCAGUGCUCAACCCUGAUUACACGGUGACGGAUGUAUUCAACAAUGACCUGUCCAUCAUCACACUGAACACACCAUGUGCCUUCAAUGACCACGUGGCCGCCCUCGCUCUACCUCCGCCCGACAUCCCGGAUUCCAAGCUCAAAAAUUGUCAUUUCUUCGGCUGGGGAUUGAUCAAGGAUCCUCCUCACGGUGUCACAGAUAACCUCUUCACUCGUUUCUUGAGGACAGCUUCGCUGAAAAUCACCAAGACCAGUAAAUGUGGCACAUUCUUCCUGGGUUUCCUGACUGAAGACCACAUCUGUGCUGAUGGAAAAGCCUUCCCUUGCUUUGGGGAUAGCGGCUCUCCGCUGGUUUGUGAAUACGACGAUAAAACUUACCUGUUUGGGCUGAACUCAUUCCGCCAAAGAGGAGAUUGCGACCUAAAGGGCGUUCCACAGGUGUACACGCGAGUAGCGACUUUCCUAGACUGGAUUUCCUCCGAGACCCACUAAUCAAGAACGACUGACCACGCCACACGGACUUUGAGAUAACAUUCACUUUUUCACCGAUCCCAUGUUUGUAUUUGAAAGGUAUACAUC